AUGGACGUCCACACACACUCACUUCCAGAUCCGCCGGACAGUACUCCGCACCACGCCGAACUCCAGCGCCACAUCCAGCAUGGCUCCUCGAGGCAGUUUGCCGCCAGGUUGCAUUCGAAUGAGCAGUCUCUGCAGUACGGCGUUCCGUUUGACCUUCAACGUGGUCGCACGCUCACUCGGCCAGAGAAGUUGGUCGUUGCUGUACUGCGAAGCAACUACGGCGCAGACGAUGCCUCGAACGAAGAUGCUGGAUUUGCCGAAAGAGCGUUGAAACGUGCACCCAUGCCCGACUAG